UUCAGUCAGUGUUCCAGACGUGUUAGUGUGUGAGUGAGGCGAUUCAUGUGCGGGACGCGGCUGGUGUAUGAGUCCACCGCUCCACACCACUCAUAAUAUCACGCCAAGCAGUUGAUUCAUAAGACAAGCAAUAAGAGUUUUUCUGUGGCUUACUUAUCAGAUCGCCUUAACCUUGGUGCGUAUCCUUGACAUACUGCACUUGUAUCCUGCGUGGAAGUGAGGAACAUGCUGAGCGGAUGUAGUGUGCAUGGCUAGGUAGGAGCUGUCCCCACACAUUCUUGACAGCACGAGUCUGCUCCUGCACCUGAGCCGCGAUGAUCGUCCCUGUCUUUGAGAAGCUCCUGGAGGAGGUUGGCGACAGUGGGCGGUACCAGCAGCUGCUGUACUGGCUGUUCGUGGUGCCGAUAAACUUCCUGAUUCCGUGGGUGGCGCUCGUGCCCAUCUUCAUGACAUCCACGCCCGACCACUGGUGCCACGUGCCCGGCCGGCCACAGGACAUAUCCUUGGACGAGUGGAAGGCCCUCACUAUACCUAGGGAGGACAAGGAAGGCGGCGAGGCGUUCAGCAGCUGCCGCCAAUACAACGUGACGGCGAGCCAGGCGCUGGGGCUCCUCGGCGGCACGACCCCCGCCGCGGCAGACCUCAACGAGACUUUUGGGGUUGUUGGGUGUCAGAGCGGCUGGGACUACGACCACACCUACUAUGACUCCACUCUGAGCACGCAGCAGGACUGGGUGUGUGGCCACGCCAGCCUCGGGGCCAACUGGCUGUCCGCGGCCGUGGCGGGGAACGUUGUGGGAACCUUCGUGUUGAACUCUCUCUCCGACCUGAUCGGGCGCCGGCCGGUGUUGAUGAUGACAGUGACGAUCUACGCAGUCUUCGGGUUGGUGCGUCUCUACGUGACCUACGCGGCCCUCAUGAUCACCACCUUCCUCGCCUCCGUCUCCUUCCCGCCCAUGUUGGAGCUUACCCUCAUCAUCAUCCUGGAGCAAGUGUCCCCGGGGUGGCGGGCGCGGAUCACCUCCACCUCCUUCCUGCUGUGGACCGCCGGUAUGUGUCUGCUGCCGCUGCUCGCAUGGGCCGCGCGGGACUGGCAGCUGCUGGGCCUCAUCACCACCCUCCCCUUCUUCGUGAUGAUAAUCUUCUGCUGGUUCCUGCCGGAGUCCCCUCGGUGGCUGCUGUCGCGGGGCCGUGUGGACCAGUGCUCGCGCCUCAUGACCAACAUCGCCGCCAGAAACGGCAAGAAGGUGCCAGAUUCAAUGGAAGAGAAACUCCAGGGCAUCGCCACCGCGCACGAGUCAGAGAAAAACUACGGUGCCCUGCAGCUGUUCAAGUACCCUGUGGUGCGUGUGCGGACAUUGCUGCUCACUCUCUGCUACACAUGCAACAACCUCUUCUACUACGGCCUGGCCUACAACAUGUCGAACUUGAGCGGCAACGAGUUCUUGAAUUUUUUCUUGCUGGGCAUCGUCGAGCUGCCGUCUAACCUGCUGGGCUGGUGGGGCUCCCAGACCCUCGGCCGCCGCUGGACAGCCGCGGGGGCCUCCAUGCUGGCCGCCUUGGGGGCUCUCGUCACCGUCUUUUUAACAGCGGAGAGCGGGUGGGACCCUCUGUACAUCCUGCUGCUGAGUAAGUUUUUCAUCACCAUCAGCUUCAUGGUGGUGUACGUGCAGUGCGCCGAGGUGUUCCCCACCACGCACCGAUCCUCCGGGACCGGCUUGGCCUCCCUCAUCUCCUCCUGCUUCGGCAUCACCGCUCCCUACAUCGCCUUCUCCGUUGUGGUCGGGGCGUGGGUGCCGUACAUCAUUCUCUUCCUGAUUGCCGUCGUCGGGUUCCUCUGCGCCUCCCUCCUGCCAGAGACGCUCAACACGGACCUGCCGCAGACCCUACUUGACGCCAACGCCUUCCUGCUCUCGGAGAAGUACUGGUCCUACAAGGGUCGCCGCUGGUGCCUCUCCGCCACGAAACCCAAGAAGGGAGACAGUGUCCAGGGUUAUGUGAACACAGGCGUAAGCGAUCUAAACACCGAAAAGUGCUGAGGCUGAAUAGUGCAGAGUUGCGUAUAGUAGUUGUUAAGAGAGCACCUAGACUUAAGUCACUUCCAUUUAAAAACAUGGUUGAAGUCUUCCGCCCCCGCUAGUAAAAUGCCUUGCAGCAGCAUAGGGAAAAUUGAAAUCGAUGUUGGAGACAAUAAAACAAGUGGACGUAUCUCAAAGUGCUAACCCAUUUGUUUUUUAAUCCGAGUAGUGUUCGACACCGGCUAACUC